AUGGGUCUUGGGGGACCGGAAGGAGGGCCCUGGAUGCUUGCUGCGGGCAAUUUGUCUGAAGCAGGGCACGGUAACACCUCCUUGCAUUCUGAUGUGCGCCCUGCUGGCUGCACUCAGACUGUUUCCCAGGAUUCUUCUUGUGGUUCCCUUGAUGUGAGCUUUGACGGUGGCACUCCCACAAGUUGCCAAAAAUCGGAUUUUGAAAACCUUAAAGCUGCGGUUCUGGCUGGGGAUGCUCCGUCCAUCUUGAGCUUAGUCGAGUCUUUUGAGCAGCAAGGCCUCAUCACCGAAGGCACUUUUCAUUGGAAGGUUGUGGAGCUUGCUGUGGAAACACAGGAGGACGUGCCUCCUCAUGUGGCCGGCUGGGCAAUUGACGAUGCCCUGGCAAACCUUAAGGAACCGAAAUAUCGGGAUGACUUGUGCAUUGUCCCGGCUAAUGUCUCGUCUUGGAGGAAGGACCUGUGCCCCUGGGUUGCGCAGCUCGGUGCCUCGGUCGUUAUGUUACAAGAGACGCAUCUGUCCCCGGAUCAGCCCGAUUUGAUUGAAGGCCAAUUGGGGGUUUAUGGUUUCAAUGUUUUUAGUGUGCCGGGGCAGCCCACGGGCCGGGGCGGUACAUCAGGCGGAAUGGCAAUUUGCUUUCGCAAGCACUUGAAUGUCCGGCGCGUGCAUCAGUUUUUCAAGGCCGGUGCUGGGUUUCAGGUUGCUGCUAUUCGAUUGCGGGACACUGAUUGCUAUCUAGUUAACCUUUAUUUGAAGGCUGGUGAAGGCUUUCAGAGUGCCACCAAUUCGCACAUUUUGGCCAAUCUGCUCGCUUUUCUUACGUCGGCCCAGGGCAUUUACUUUGCUGCAGGCGACCUGAAUGAGGAUUUUGAGACCAUAGCAGCCAGCAGUUUUGCUCAGGAAGCCAAGGGCCAUUGGAUCAGCAGUGGAGAGUCCACGUGUGCAGGGGGAGGCAAUAUUGACUUUGGCCUUCUUUCCCCCAUCUUGGCUGCGGGUGCUAAGUUGGUUGUCGAUUGGGACACUCCUUUUGCUCCACAUGCGGCCUUGCAUUGGACACUGCAGCUUGAGCAUUUUGACUUUAAGCUGCCACAGUUGAUUGCCUUUAAGCCUGCACCGUUACAGCCUCAGCCCUUUCUCUCGAGUGUUGUCGCUGACCCUCGUGGUGAGCAGGUAGCCGUCCAAUCCCAGGAGGAGUUGCAUCUGCUUGGGACUGAGGUCGCUGAGCCUGGACUGAGUGCGCUUUUCGCCAGCCUCAGUAGGGAUGUUGAAGUUUCGAUCUUUGGUUGUAGUCAAGGCCGAGGUGCCAAAGUCCAGGUCUGCAGGAGGCCCCUUGUUGUCCCCACUGCUCCUGCUUCUGGUUGGGGAGGGGCUCUCGCCUCCUUUUGGCGUCGCAUGGUUGUGUGGCUGCAAGCUUGCUCAAAGCGUUUCCACGUGAGCCCUUUUGGCCGGUCGGCCUCACUCCGCUUUGGCAGCAUGUGGGCCGGUGCGGCUUCUGAUCGGGAUGCCUUUCAAGCUGACCUUCAGGUUCUCCUGCAUUCAGGGGAUGUGCGAGUGUUGCCUGGGCUGCUUGCAGCUGCACAGAAGCAGCAUAAGGCCCAUCAGCAACAAUGGCAGCAAGAGAGAAGCGCAUCAUAUGGUCAAUGGCUCCGGCAGUCGACUCAAAAGGGCAUGAGGCCCUUGUUCCGAAGUGUUAAGGCUGAGGAAGUUGUAACUGUUCGCCCCUUCCUUGAUGCCCCUGUGCAAGAACGCAUUUACUUGAGGUGGAGGCAUUGGUUUGAACUGUGGUCGCAUCCAGCUGGGGUCGAUCGUGAUCUGCUGGCCUCCUUGAAGCAUGCUGCGCAGGAGCAAGCCCGGUUGUUGCAUCCGAUCGACUUGGAGCGGGCUGUAGGGUUUUUCAAGAAGGUUCCCACCAAAGCGCCCGGCUUGGAUGGCUGGACUUGUGAGAUGCUUCGUAACCUCAGUGUUGAAGCUGUGCAGGCCAUUCUUGAAUUCUUCCAUCACUGUGAGCGCGAGGCUUCUUGGCCGGACCAAAUGGUGUUUGCACUUAUAGCCUUGUUGCCUAAGUCCGAAAAACGUGAGCGCCCCAUUGCAUUGUUGCAUAUCCUUUACCGUGCUUGGGCCAAGCUGCGGUGGCCUUUGGUUGCCACGUGGCAGGCUGCUUAUGCUGCUCGUGCCACUUGGGACAAGGCUGUCCCGGGUGGCCAGGCGCUUGACGUAGCACUGGCAAGGCUGAUGCUGGGAGAGUCGGUGCGGAGGUGCAAAUCCCACCUUAUAACAUUGUUCCUAGACAUGGAGACUUUCUACGAUAGGUGUGUUUUUGAUGACGUCAUUCGCUCGGGACUUUCUUUGGGCUACCCUCCUUUAGUUUUACAUCAGGCCUUGCUUACUUACAUGGGGCCUCGCUUUGUCCAGUCGGAAGGUGCAUUGUGCCCUCCCAUUUGGCCGGGGAGGGGAGUUCUGGCUGGAUGUCCAGCGGCGCCGUCGGUAUCAAAACUCGUCAUCCACCCAGUUGCUGAAAAGCUGGCUUCAAAGAAAAGUGCAUGCAACCUUGACAUUUGGAUUGAUGACCUGUCGCUUGAUUCGGUUAAUAAGUCUCCGGUGCAGGUUGCCAGUGAUUCCCUUUUGCUGUUCAGGGCUCUCCGACGGGAUUUGGAAGCUAAGGGAGCUCAGAUCUCAAUUUCAAAAACAUGCUUUGUGGCAUCGUCGACGGAGGCGGCCAAGGCCAUGAGCAAACUUCUUGAUGCCAAUGAUCCUCAGGUCAAAUCGAUGACUCGGGACCUUGGUGUGACUUCAGCCGGUGGUCGCCGUCGUGUUUUGGGGCUUGCGGAACAGCGCAGGAAAAAGGCGGCCGGCAGGUCGCGGAAACUCAACCGUCUGGCCAUCCCGGGGAGGGCGCACCGUUUGCGCAUCGUGAAAGCAUCUGUGUGCUCGGCUGGCCUCUGGGGCCAUCAGGCGCAGGGAGUGAGUCCUAAACGCCGUAAAUUCUACAGAACGCUCAUCGCUAAGCAUCUUGGCAGGCACAAGCUUGGAUCGCUUGAUCUCACCUUUGUUGUCAACCGACGGCGAUGCGAGGAUCCUCACCUCACCUUGUUACGUCAGCAUGUUCGUGCUGUGGCUAGGGUUUUCCGCCGUUGGGUUUUGGUUGACUCGGAUAAAUUUAAGUCUACUUGGGUGAGCAUUUGGUUAUGGCUCUCGCCGUCGCAACACCCGUGGAAACGGGUUAAUGGGCCGCUUGCGGCUUUGAUCGCUUACUUGAUCGAGCUGGGGGUGCAGGCACCGCAAGCUCAUCAUUGGCAGCGCGGAGACAGCACCUUGACCAUUGAUUGGGCGUGCCAUGAUGCUACUAGGAAGGUUUGGCAUUGGCUCUUGCCACUGUGGGAAACUGUUCAGUUGCAGAGGGUGUCCCUCUUAGAAGGUGGCCCAGGGGCCCGGGACCUCCGUUCUGCUUGUGUGGCUUGGGCCAUUGGGGCCUAUGAGAUCACAGAUGAUGGGGCCCGCCGUGUUGCGAGCAUCACCUCUUUUCCACAGCGGCCCUUGUCGGUUGCGGGGGCGGAGCAGCAAGCAGCCUAUGAACUUUUCGCCCGUGUCUCAGGUAGCUUCGACUUGACGGUUGACUGCAAAGCUGUUGCUCAGGUUGUAACUAAAAAGUCCCCGCCUCUUGAGGGACCUACUCCAUGGGGUUUGGUUUGGUCUGAGCGAGCUAGAGCUCGCAUUACCUGGGUGCCCAGUCACAAAGAUUCCAAGUAUUAUGCUGAUAGGGGCAUUCCUGAAUGGAGGCGUCGUGUCAAUGAGGAUGUUGAUGCACUCUGUGGCAAGCGUGCUGCUGGGGUGUUUCAGGCUGCAACCAAGCCGGACCUAGUCGGCAUAGAUACGCUUUGGGAGGAGGUUACCCCUUGCGCUUCGACUGGUGCUGCCAAGGCCACCAAACCUCUCAACAAGAAGCAGAGAAUGUUGGCGAGGCUUUCAGGCGACGAGGAUUCACUGGGUCACCAGUGGGUCAAGGGAGCCGAGGGCUCCACCAACAUGACCAUGAAGUGUGCAAUUUGUGGAUUGUACUUGCAGCAAAUCAACGAUCUGCCCAGCUUCGAUCGCCUUAUGCAUCACCCGUGUAAGGGUCGAGGCGACCCUUUGCAGCAAUGGAAUAUUCACAGCUCGCAUGACAUGAUCAACAUGGGCUCUUGGAGCUCUGGCCUUGUGCUGGCCAAGCAGGGAGAGUUACUCACAGUUGCUCAGCGGGGGUCCACUUGGGCCCAGCGCUGCCAAACUGGUUGUUUCCUGUACUUCGAGGCGGUUCCAGAGCUUUACCACGAGUCAACGCGUCACUGGCGCUAG